CGGCCUCUCCCGGAAGCGAGGGCGGAAGCGGCUGCGGGCAGAGCGGGAGGAACCUGCCCAUAGUUGGUGGUGGCGGCGGCAGUUCUCCAGUCCGGACCUCGACACUGAGAGUGACAGCUUCUCUCCCGCCUCCAGGGGGGCGCCAUGGCCGAGGCCACGGCCGGGCUGAGCGAGACCGUCACCAAGCCGACGGAAAAUCGAAGUCUCACCAUCAAACUGCGCAAACGGAAGCCGGAGAAGAAGGUGGAGUGGUCAAGCGACACUGUGGACAAUGAGCACUUAGGACGCCGGUCCUCAAAAUGCUGCUGUAUCUAUGAGAAACCCCGGGUGUUCGGUGAGAGCUCCACGGAGAGCGAGGAUGAGGACGACGAGGGCUGCGGCCAUGCCCACUGCGUCCGGGGACACCAUAAGGGGCAGCCCCAGCGCCGCACCGCCCGUGACUUGCCUCCCAAUGCCCCACAGCCCCCUGGCCCCUUGCAGCCCCCGCCAAGGCCUAUGCAUCACUGAGUCUCGGUGUCCUGACAAGCCCUGACCAUCUUGUCACAUGUAUUGGGCCUUGAAUGAGUUUGUGUACAUGGCUUCUUCUCUGGAAUUAAAGCACUCCCCUUACCG